AUGGUUUGGAUCACAGUUGUCUUCAGCUGUAUCCUGGUAAUCAUGCUAUGGCAUUUUUUGUCAUCUAUCGGUCUCGUGUUCAAUCAGGACUCUGAAAUCAAAAACAUUCCUAGCAUACCAGGCCUUCCUUUCUUCGGCAAUACUUUUGAUACUCUCUCAAAUCCACAUCUGAAAUACCAGGAGUGGUGCCAAAGGUACGGAUACGACAUCUUUCAAGUUCGCAUUGGUACCAAGCGGAUAGUUAUUGUUAAUUCUUAUGACUCCAUCCAGAAACUCUGGACUGAAAAUUGCAGUUCAAAUAACUCUAGACCAGUUCUUUACACUUUCCAUAAGGUACUUUCCAAAAAUGCACUGUAUACAAUCGGGACAACCCCAUUUGGCCAGUCGUUCAAGCGAAAGAAGAAGACGAUCGCAAGCCAUCUGAACUACAAAAACUUGUAUGGUUAUAAUGAGCUAAUUCAAAGGGAGUCAGACUUGGCAAUGUACCGUUUGAUGAAAGAUCUGGCCUCCAACCAUUGUAACGAAACUGAUUUGCUAAAGUUUUUCCAGUACUUCCAUCUUCAACUCAGUGUUUACAUGACGUAUGGCUAUCAGUUAGACUUGGAUCAUUCGGAAAAGGAGCUUGCUGACGAGAUAAUUGAAGUUGAGAAUAGUAUCAUCAAGAUAAGGUCACAUACCUCUUCCAACUUGCAGGAUUAUUUCCCGAUCCUAAGAUACAUCAACUCUCAAAAUAAGUACAAGAAAGCUAACCUCCUUAGAGAAAGAAGACAAGUUUACAUGGACAAGUUCAUGAGGUUCACAAUAAACCAAAUGGAACAAAAAAAGUUCAACGAGAAGCGUCAAAUGAAGUGCGGAACUAACAUGAGAAAUCAACAGUCGUUCUAUGAUAGGAACAUGGAUACCAGUCUUGUGGCUCACAAUUUGACCAAUGCCAAACUGUCCUUUUCAGAGCUGCAAAGUAUCUGCUUAACCAUGGUAUCUGCUGGGCUGGACAACACGGCUUUAAAUCUAAAUUACCUGAUGGGUCAAUUUUCACAUCCGAUUAAAGGACCUUCAUUGCAAACUAAGGCUGUGAAUGAAUUACUGAAAUGUCAUGGUAACGACUAUUGGGAAGCUUGGUGUCACUCCGAAGAAGAGUCGAACUGUAAUUAUAUCAUGGCACUGAUUCAUGAAACACUGAGAUAUUUCACCGUUCUACCGACAUCCUUACCCCGAUAUACUACACGGGACAUUGUAUUGAAUAACAGCGUCGUCAUCCCCCAAGGCACCACCCUUUUCAUGAACGCUUGGAACGGCAACCACGACGAUAAGAAAUUCUCCCAUCCAAUGGAAUUUGAUCCAGAAAGAUACUUGGAUCAAGAAGGCAAACUCAUAUCAAACGAAAAGGGGUUAUUCCAUUUUUCAUUCGGAGCUGGAGCCAGGAUGUGUUCUGGAUCGAAACUAGCCCUUAAGGAAAUGUAUGUCAUUAUUUGCAAAAUGCUGUUGUUGUUUGAAAUCGGACCACCGAAAGCAGAAGAAAUGCUGGCAGAGUUGGAUCCCAAUAAAUCUAACAAAUUCCCGACUUCUUCUGCCAUUGAACCCAGGAAGUUCCUCGUGGCACUGAAACCCAGAAAUCCUCUUUUCUACCAAGGAGUAUCUAGACACAUUCAACAGACCCUGUUAGAGGAUUACAAAUUGAAAAUGCAAAAUAAGUAA